UUUAUUGUUUUCAACUGUUAUUAAUAUGUAUAGAAAUCUGAAAAAUAGAAAGAAAUGGCUUCAUUACCUACAUCUGAGUCAACUCCUGAUUUGAAAAAAUAUUUAGCAACAAAGAAGAACUUAAAAAUUGUGGUUUUAUUGGGUGCAUCUGGCGACUUGGCAAAAAAGAAAAUCUACCCUACAUUUUGGCAAUUAUACAAAAAUGGAUUUUUGCCACCUCAUGUUGUGUUUGUUGGAUAUGCACGAUCAAAGAUGACUGUUGCUGAUUUGCGAAAACGAGCUGAACCAUACAUGAAGGUUAAAGAGGAUGAGAAGGAAAAACUAGAAGAGUUUUUCAAGAUCAAUCAUUACGUCUCUGGUGCUUAUGACAGUCCUGCUGCUUUUGAAAACUUGAAUACAGAAAUUACAAAAUUAGAAACAACAAAUGAAUGCGAUAGGAUUUUUUACUUAGCUCUACCACCUUCUGUUUUUAUCCCCGUCACACAAAUGGUAAAAGAUCACUGUGAAAGUAAAACUGGGUGGACUCGUAUUGUUGUUGAAAAACCAUUUGGUAGAGAUUCCGAUACAUCCUUAGUUUUAUCAAACCACUUAUCCAAGUUGUUUACAGAGGACCAGAUUUAUCGUAUUGAUCAUUAUCUUGGAAAAGAAAUGGUUCAAAAUUUGAUGGUGCUAAGAUUUGCGAAUCGUAUAUUCAGUCCUUUGUGGAAUCGCGACAACAUCAAGUGUGUAUUUGUCACAUUCAAGGAAGAUAUUGGCACAUAUGGUCGUGGUGGAUACUAUGAUGAUUUUGGUGUUAUUAGGGAUAUUAUGCAGAACCAUAUCAUCCAGGUGUUGUGUUUAACAGCUAUGGAGAAACCUGCAACAAAAGACGCUGAUGAUAUCAGAAACGAAAAGUUGAAAGUUCUCAAGUGCAUCAAACCAUUAAAGUUAGAUGACAUCGUUUUGGGACAAUACAUCGGCAACUCUGACAUGGAUGGUGAUGCAAAGUUUGGUUAUGCUGACGACAAAACUGUUCCAGCGGGCUCGAAAACACCAACAUUUGCAUGUGCUGCUAUUAAUAUUUGUAAUGAGAGAUGGGAUGGUGUUCCAUUCAUCUUGAAGUGUGGCAAAGCUUUGAAUGAAAAGAAAGGAGAGAUUCGUGUUCAGUUUAAAGAUGUACCAGGAGAUAUCUUUGACGGACAAACCGUGCGUAACGAAUUGGUCAUUCGCGUGCAACCAGAUGAGGCUGUGUACUGUAAAAUGAUGACUAAGAAACCUGGCAUGUUUAUCGAUCCUGUUGAAACGGAACUCGAUCUUACCUAUUCUGCAAGAUACAAGAAUGUCUACAUGCCAGACGCUUAUGACCGACUUUUAUUGGAUGUGUUUUUUGGAACCCAGUUGAAUUUUGUUAGAAGUGACGAGUUGGCUGAGGCUUGGCGUAUCUUUACACCAAUUCUUCAUGAAUAUGAGAAGAAUGGACACGAACCAAUCAAAUACAAGUUUGGAACGCGUGGACCUGAGGAAGCUGACGAACUGGCGAAAAGAUAUGGGUACAUCUAUUCAGGUACCUACAAAUGGGUUUCCACUCACAAGUAAAUAGAUCAGAGGUAGCCACGAUCUCAUUAUAAUACUUGACGACACGAAUUCAUAGUUUCAGUAAUUAGUAAUUGCACAUUUUAUUUAUAUUUUGAUGAUUUUUUAAAUUGUUUAAUCUAUUUAUAUUGUUCAGUUUAGUUCAGGGUUUUUUAGUUUCCUUUUUUUUAAGUUAUCUUUUUUCAAUUCCUUUUUAUUUUUUCGUUAUUAAAAUUUGCAAAAAAGACAGUAUAAUAGACAGUCCGAUUACUUCGAAGGAGAGUUCGUUUGACUUAUUUUGCCCAUAAUGAACCCCAUCCCUUUUGUACUUAUGUUUACGGUUUGCACCAGAGAAUCUAAGAAGUAAAAAAAUAUCAUUUAGACUGUAUCCACCGAAUUUGUUUUCAUGUGUGCAACAUGCUCUUCUUAUUCGACUUUCGUGUAAGGCAUUAAAUGGAAUAUCAGCCAGCCAUUUCUUAGCCUCUUUAAAAUGCAUUUACGAAUUGUGAAAAAAGAAAUUACAUAUAUGGUUGUCAAGCAAUGUAUUUGUUUACACCUUUUAGACAGAAAUGCUUGCCUCGUUAUCUAUGCUUGUAGAUAAAUUUAUGACUGCAACUCUUUUUUUUACUUCUAAAAAAACAAGGAUGAGUUAUUUUUGCUGUCUUGUUGUGUUUUCAUCUCCGCUUUUCUCUUUUUUUUUCUCUUGUAUUUUCUUCACAGGAGAAGUGUUGAUAAGAUAUUUUAGUCUUACGUCCUUUUUAUUAGUUUAUAUUGAGAUGUACACAUAAUUUAAUUAAAGAAUUGCAAAGCAUA